AUGUCGUUGAAGGCAAUCUCAGCCACAGAUGCUGCAUCCCUUGACAAAGACCUCAUGGAGAUAGGUGGCUGGUCUCUGGACCAGUUGAUGGAGCUAGCGGGCCUUUCUGUCUCGCAAGCCGUAUGGAAAAUUCAUCCGCCAAACGCAGGCAAGAAUAUCCUAGUUGUCUGUGGACCAGGCAACAAUGGAGGAGAUGGUCUCGUAGCCGCUCGCCACCUAGCCCAUUAUGGCUACACACCGUCAGUUUAUUAUCCGAAACAGGGCAAAAACGAGCUCUAUCAACGCCUGAGAAUCCAACUUGAAAACCUCUCAGUUCCCUUCAUAGAUGACUUCCAAUCAGCCCUAAAGACGACAGACUUCCUGGUCGACGCCAUCUUCGGCUUCUCGUUCGGAGGGGCAUUGCGCGAUCCGUUCGGCGAAAUCGUCUCGCAAAUCGAAUCCGCCAACGUCCAGGUGCUGAGUGUUGAUGCACCCAGCUCAUGGGAUAUCCAGGGCGGACCGCCGAAGGAAGGACCUGGCGCGAAGUUUAUGCCACAUGCGCUAAUCAGCCUGUCUGCGCCCAAGCCGUGUGUGGCGUUUUAUAAGGGCAGGCAUUUUAUCGGUGGUAGGUUUUUGACCAAGGAUAUUACUGAUAAGUACGGACUUGAUUUGCCCAAGUAUCAGGGCAUUGAUCAGGUUUUGGAGAUUGGGGUUGAUGCGGAGGGGAGAUUGUAA